UUUGCAAAAAAAAAGAAGCAACCCGCGCGAGAAUCCAAAUCCCCGCCGCACACACGCGACGCCCGCCCGCCCCCCGAAACAAAACGAGAGGAGAGGAACGGUGACAGGAACAAGGAACAGGAAUAGAGAGAGAGAGAGGCAAGAGGCACGAGGCACGAGGCAAGAGGCAAGAGGAGGGCUGGGCGCAAACUAGAGGAGCGGUAGCAGGAUAGCAGGACACACCACCCACACCCACACCCACACACACCACCCUCACACUCAACAAAGAUGUCAUGGAGAUAUGCGCUUUCAACGGACAGAUACACCAGCAGUAUCGGCGAUAGAUAUAGUCCGCACUAUUAUCAGUCGCCCAGCCGCUUGGAGAACUCCGAACAGACCACAGGACGACAGCUGCAGCGUGUCCUGCACUACUCAAUGGCACCCACACGGGCACUGCCCGGCCUGAGGCGGGCCGAAUGCGCCAUCCAUGAUGUUGACUGCGACGAGGUCUAUCCGGGCAUCUACAUUGGCGAUGCAGCGGCGGCCAAGAACAAGACGUAUCUGAGAAUGAUGGGCAUCACGCAUGUCCUGAAUGCCGCCGAGGGCUGUCGCUAUGGCCAGGUAGACACCGGACACAGCUACUACCGGGAUAUGCCCAGCAUUAGACGGAACCAUAAGGACUGUGUUUUUAGGUACAUGGGAUUCCCGAUGAUCGAUGCCCCCACGACAGACAUCUCGCGUUACUUCUAUGUGGCUUCCAAGUUCAUUGACAGCGCCAUCAGCAGCGGAGGCAAAAUUCUGGUACACUGCCUGGUGGGGAUGUCCCGCUCGGCCACCUGUGUGCUGGCCUAUCUGAUGAUAUGUCGCAAAAUGUCGGCGGUGGAUGCGAUACGCACGGUCCGGAUGCGUCGCGAUAUUCGGCCCAAUGAUGGAUUCCUGCAGCAACUGGCCGACUUGGACAUGGAACUGAAGCGCAAGAAUCUCUAUCCCUAUUAGGGAUGGCCUUCAACAAUACGAGUAUUGUGUGUGAAACAAGAAAAAGCAAUUGCAACCAAAGAGAACGAAAAAGAAGAGGCAACAACAAAACGCUGAAUGAUGUCGGGGCCUUUGUCUGGGGGGGAAAUGAUAAUGAUAAUGCAAUACGUUGUGGAGCUGGAACCCUUCCAAAUCCAAAAAUCCAGCAAACUAACCAAAAAAAAAAAAUAAUAAUAAUAAAAUAAUAAUAAUCAUAAAAGGAAAAGAAAAAGUAAUAUUGAAAAUGUUGAAAAAUUGUUGUUCUAAACAGAAAAAAAAUAGUUUAAAAGGCCCAAAAAGCAAAUGACUUAUAAAUGGUAACUUGGUCUUCUGCAUAUGCAAAACAUACACGAACCCGAAAAUAUAUACAUACAUAUGUAUAUUAGAAAAAAACCUGUAAUCAUGGCAUAUAUAAAUCGCUAUAUACAUACAGACAUACGUACAUAUAUACGAUAUAUGGGAAUCAAGUUAUCUAUUCAUUCACAGACAGACAGACACUUAGAGACCUAGAUUGUUAGACAGACACGAUCAAAAACAAAUAAAAUGAAAAAACAAUACUCGUUAAUUGGCGAUAAAAAAGAAUCGAUAUAUAUAUAUAUAUAAAGAUAUACAUAUAUACACUUCUAUAUGCGAUAUAUGCAUUGAACCUAUAUAUACCUUUUGCCUAUACCCUAGACAUACAGAUUUAUAUACAUGUAUUCCUUACACCCAUAUAUAGUAUAUAGUAUAUAUUUAUAUAUAAAAACGUAUCUUUUUUGUAACGGUUCAUCUUUGUUAGAGUUUUUUAUUUGAUCCCCAUGUUAAAGCCCCAAACCCAGAACAAAACAGAACAGACUACUAACUCUGUUCCCUCCACCCACAAAAACACCAACCCACAACCCCAACUCCCACAUAUAACACAUAGAUUUACUAUGUUUAAGAAGAGCUGAAAAACUAUAUAGAACAAGAAACAAU